UGUAAGAGCCAGAGUAAUUUUUUUGUGUUUGUUUGUUUUUUAAAUAAUGCGGUUGGGUAUUUUAGGGGUUAGUUAAGUGCUCACAGAAGAGGUGGGUUUUUAGCUGUUUUUUUGAAAAUAGUGACAGAUUCUGUGGUCCGGAUUGAGGUUGGAAGUUCAUUCCACCACUGAAAGACAGUCAGUUUGAAGGUUCUGGAAAGGGACCUUGAGCCACACUGAGUAGGCCCUUUUAAGCGUCGGUCGUUAACCGAUCGCAGAUUGCGUGAGGGAACGUAAAACUCAAGGAGAGUGUUGAGGUAGAGCGGUGCUGUUGCAGACAAGGUCUUGUACAUGAGCAUCAAGGCCUUGAAUUUGAUAUGGGCGGCUACAGGAAGCCAGUGGAGGGAGAUGAAGAGGGGUGUGACGGGUUCAUUUGGGCUGGUUGAAGACGGGGCGCGCUGCUGCAUUCUGAAUCAUCUGAAGGGGUUUGAUGGAGCUGGCUGUGAGGCCCGAGAGUAGUGAGUUGCAGUAGUCCAGUUUUGAGAGCACAAGAGCCUGGACUAGUAUCUGUGUAGCCUGUUUGGUGAGAUAAGAUCUGAUUCUCUUGAUAUUUUACAGAAUGAACCUACAGGAUCGUGCAGUUGUUGAAAUGUGGUUUAUGAAGGUCAAGCUGUCAUCAAAAGUCACCCCAAGGUUCCUGGCUCUCCUGGUUGGCAAAAUGGAUGGAUAAAAGGUGUGGAAAAUGGAUGAAUGGAUAAAAAGUGUGGAAAAUGGAUGGAUGGAUGGAUGGUUAAAAAGUGUGGAAAAUGGAUGGAUGGAUGGAUAAAAAAUGUGUGGAAAAUGGAUGGAUGGAUGGAUAAAAAGUGUGGAAAAUGGAUGAAUGGAUAAAAAGUGUGGAAAAUGGAUGGAUGGAUGGAUGGAUGGAUGAAUAAAAAGUGUGGAAAAUGGAUGGAUGGAUGGAUAAAAAGUGGGGGAAAAGGAUGGAUAGAUGGAUGGAUGGAUAAAAAGUGUGGAAAAUGGAUGGAUGGAUAAAAAGUGUGGAAAAUGGAUGGAUGGACAGAUAAAAAGUGUUAAGACAGUUUAGAAAUGUGAAAGAGAAAUAAAUCAUUUCAGAACGGGGUGUUAUUGGGAAAUAAUCCACUUCACUGUGGUAUCAUUAACUCCACUUCGCCUAGUCACUGAUCCGCGAGCGACUAUUUCAGCCUGACGUCACUCGUUUACUCCUGCCUAGCGUCACGUGGUUCGACUCAGUGAAAAUGGCGGACGGAGAUCCGGACAGAGAAGUUCAAAACAACGCCGUCAAAGACCAAAAUGCAGACACGACAGCAGUUGAACACGACAGCCUGGCAAGCGAAACAGAUGGAGAACGCAAGGAUAAAGCUGCUGAUAAUUCGUGGUCGGCGCCCAUUUUGUCGUUUGCUCGAAAAGCGUCCGAAACUAUCAGCAGCGCGGGUUUGAGGAACCCCUUAUCGGGGUCUGAGGCUCCAAAUCCGGACAGCUCUGACUCCAUAAAACCGGCUAUGAAAGAUCCAAUGACCAUUGAGAGGUCCAAUCUGUUAUCCAUGAUGAAGCUCAGUAUAAAGGUUCUGAUCCAGUCCUCUCUCAGCCUGGGUCGGACGCUCGACUCGGAGUUUCCGCCACUGCAGCAGUUUUUUAUUGUUCUGGAACACUGCCUUAAACACGGCCUGAAAGUGAGGAAGUCCUUCAUUGGGCAGAAUAAAUCAAUCUGGGCUCCUCUGGAACUGGUGGAGAAGCUGUGCCCCGAGUCAGCCGACCUCGCCACGAGUGUACGAGACAUGCCUGGACUCAAGACGGGACUGGGCCGAGCUCGUGCCUGGCUGCAUUUGGCUCUCAUGCAGAAGAAAGUGGCGGAUUACAUGAAAGUCCUUAUAAACAGGAAAGACCUUCUGGGGGAGUUUUAUGAGCCAGGAGCUUUGGUAAUGGAGGAAGAAGGCUUGGUGAUUGUGGGGAUGUUGGUGGGGCUGAACAUCAUCGAUGCCAACCUCUGUGUGAAAGGGGAAGACCUGGAUUCUCAGGUGGGUGUCAUAGAUUUCUCGCUGUACCUAAAGGACCCUCAGACAACCGAGAACCCACAAGAUGACUCUAAAAUGACUGCGAUUCUGGACCAGAAGCAUUACAUCGAAGAACUGAACCGCAACCUGAGCGGCACAGUGACGGACCUUCAGUCCAAGAUGGACUCGCUGGAGAAAACCAACUGUAAACUCAUAGAGGAGCUCUCAGCAGCUACGGACCGGAUCAAUUCCCUGAGGGAGGAGCAGGAGCAGCUCCGGCAGGAGAACGCCACCAUCCUCGAGACCAGCCAGAGGAAAGAAGAGGUGACGCUGCAGGACAGCCAGGUGGAGCUGGAGACCUACAAGCAGACGAGGCAAGGUCUGGAUGAAAUGUACCACAUGGUGUGGAAGCAGUACAAGGAGGAGAAGCGCAUUCGACAGGAGCUGCAGAAGGAGCUGGAUCUGCAGGUGGGUCUGAAGCAGGAGAUGGAAGUGGCCAUGAAGCUGCUCGAGAAGGACAUUCAUGAGAAACACGACACGCUGGCGGCUCUGCGCCAACAACUGGACCAAGUCAAAACUCUCAACCUGCAGAUGUUCAACAAGACACAGGACGCUGACGGCGUGGUGCAGAGGAAAGAAGAGGAAGCUGUGAGACUGGAGGAGAAGAUGAAAGAGAUGGAAAGAACGAUGAAAGAGCUGGAACUGAGGUUACAGAACUCUGAGAACGGAAGGAAGAGCACGGAGGAGAGUCAGAAAGAGAUGUGCUCAGAAAUGAAAGGGAGAGUGGACGCGCUGCAGAAACGCCUCAGCGACCUCGACACGCUGAGGGUGGGGCUGGAGGCGGAGCUAAGCAGGGAGAAGGAGCAGAGGCAGAGUUUGCAGAGAGAUCUGCAGCGCGAGCAGGACAACAGUGCAGAACUACGUACACAGCUGCAACAGCUGCAAGGCCUUCAGACGGAAAUGCUGGACUUGCGGAAUGAGAAGAAACAGCUGCAGCAGCUGUGUGAGGAGCAGGAGCAGGCGCUGCAGGAGAUGGGCCUUCACCUCAGCCAGUCCAAACUGAAAAUGGAGGACUUUAAAGAAGUCAAUAAAGCAUUAAAGGGUCAAGCCUGGCUGAAAGACGAUGAAGCCACGCAGUGUAAGCAGUGCCAGAAGGAAUUCUCCAUCUCUCGCAGAAAACACCACUGUAGGAACUGUGGAGACAUUUACUGCAACAGCUGUUCCAGUAACGAGCUGGCGCUGCCGUCGUACCCCAGGCCUGUGCGCGUCUGCGACAUCUGUCACUCCCUCCUGCUUCAGAGAAGCUCCAGCGGCUCCUGACGCUCCUCGUCGUCCCCGAAACUAACAGCCUUGACCAACCACAGGCUGACAUCUCCACAUUAAUUACAUUAAUAAAUACACGUUGCUGUUUUUAAGGGGCUUCUGUUUGUCUGAAACCUUUUUAACCAGCAUGUGAUAGUCAUUGAAGAAUUAUAUGCAAAGUCAUUUUUGUAAUUUCUUCUACAGGGAGAACGUGAUCAUUUUUUUUAAGAGGACUAAUACAGUAAUGCAUAAUGAUACUAAUAGUAAUGAACGAUUUGUAUUUUUCUCUCUUGCUGAUAAUCUCCAUUUUAGGGAGAACAACGAACAGAUUUAUUCGUCGAUAACUCGUACGAGCGUUAAUAGAAAUUCGCUAUUCGUGAAAAUCCUGUAAAUUCAGUACAACGUUCGUAUUGUCGCUACUCGUACUCCUGAGCACGUGUAAAUUUACACACAUGACGAUUUACUAAACCUCGUCCUGAUCGGCUUCACGUCACAUCAUCUGCAUGGAUUACUGCACUUUUAUAUCUGGAGUUUAAAAUGCUCAUUUUUAUAGACGCCCGUAUCCAGAGCGACUUACAGAAGAGCUUUGGAGUCUCGAUCGAAAACACGUCGUCCUGCUAGUUCACCACGCUAGUUCAGGGACUAAGAGCGUCAUCGAGUACAUUUCGUGAACUACUUUACGUUUAAUAUUAUUGGCGUUAUUAAAGAAUGUUAAAAAAGAAAGAAAGCGAGCCAACACACACGCCUACAUUAAGACGGAUAAA